UUGUCCGUGCGCUCCGUACUCAACACUUCCCAUCCCGGGAGGAGAGCGGCGCACAAGAGCAGACUCUCUCUCUCUUUCACUCUCUCUCUCUCUCUCUCCCUCGCACACUUUCUCUCUGUCUGUCUCCGCCGUACACACACACACACAAGGACGCCCGCGCGCGCGCACGCUCCGUAUACGUCUCCACUUCGCGGGAGUAAAUUACGGCAUUGAUCUUAACGCCGAGUGCGGAUCUGUUUCUUUCUUGUGUUGGCGCUUUCUUCCACGGUGACACUUGGAGAAACGUGACUCCUCUCGUACUGAAUGUCUGUAAGGACCCCUUGUCAUGUCCGUUUAGCUCCCCUGCGUGAUGCCUGAUCAUGACAGCACCACCCUCCUAACCAGACAGACCAAACGCAGACGUGUCGACAUCGGGGUGAAAAGGACCGUGGGUAGCGCGAUAUUCGGCCGCGCCAGGGAGACCCUGCUCGACAGCAUGAACCAAUCGCACGCCAUGGACCAGGACGGAGACUGCUCGCUGGUUGGUCACGGCCACGGGGGCGCCAGUGUCGACGGAGAGAAGUCCAACGUUUUGAGGAAGUUGCUCAAGAGGGCCAACUCGUACGAAGACGCCAUUAUGCCUUUCCCCGGCGCCACCAUCAUCUCUCAGCUGCUGAAGAGUAAUAUCGGGAAGAAUGGGGGAAGUGACUCUGGCUUCCAGGGAAGUGGAGCUCUGUCCAGUGGCGGCUCUGAGAUCCAGGCCGAAGACGCUUGUAGCAACUCCUCUCACGACCGGGACAGCCCCUCCGACUGCCUCUCCCCAGGCCCUCCUCUUCCUCCUCCACCUUCCUCCUCCUCCUUCGGGCGUCCCCCUCCUGCGUCCGCCCUCAACUCCCACGCUCCAUCUCAGCAGCCCCUCUCCCUCUCCUCCUUCGACUUGGACCGGCUCUCCGACGAGCACCUCCGUGCCAAGCGUGCCCGCGUGGAGAACAUCAUCCGCGGCAUGAGCCACUCGCCGCUGGUGCGGCCCAACGCCGGCGACCACAGCCAGGAGAGCAACCGGGAGAACGAGAACAGCAGCAACAACAGCAGCAGCAGCAACGACCACAGAGGAGACGGGAACGGCCACAACCCCGGCGGCCAUAACCACAGCCGGAGCGACGGGCCUUCAUCGCUGCUGAGCUCUCCGGGUUCGCGGGGCGGCGUGGUUGGCGUUGGCGAGGUUUAUAGGGAGAAUAAGAGGAAGCAGCGUCUGCCGCAGCAGCAGCACAGCUUUACUCAGCUGGUGUGUUCAAGGCAGGAGCAGAGGCAGGAGGAAAGACGGCAACUUAAACUGCAACUGGAAGACAUGCAGAAACAGCUACGUCAACUCCAGGAGAAGUUCUACCAGAUCUACGACUCUGAAACCGAAGAAGAAGAAGACAACGGUGAGGCCGAUCGUGGACGAGAAAGAGAAGAGGACGGUAACCUUUCAGAGGACAGUAUACGCUCUGACGGCCUGGAGGAGAGGCACCGAGACCGAGGGCGACACAGCCACGACGACCUGUCGGAGCUAGACCCCGGCCUGUUCCUGGAUCGGGCCAGAGCACUCCUCCGAGAGCAGGCUCUGAUCGACGGCGAGCUGGAGGAAGAUGUGGAUGGCCGGGAAGAGGAGGAGAGGAAUGGUGAGAAGGUGAUGAAGAGGAGAGGAGCGGGAGGAAGGCAGUUAGCUGAGACGCUGAAGCAGGAGCUGAACUGUGCCGUGUCGCAGGUGGUCGACACCGUCGUCAAGGGCUUCUCCUCGCCAAAGCAGGCCGUCAGUCACCAUCACGGCUGCCACAGUAGCACGCCGGCUGCCCCCUCCUCCUCCUCUAACUCGUCUUCAUCCUGUCCUCCACCUUUCGGUCCUCUCCCCUCUCUGACUCCAGACUCACGCUUCGGCGGUGGCGCCUUGGCGCUCAGUCUGAACGGCGAUGGCAGCCCUACCCCGAACUACCACUCCUCCAACCAGAGGCUGCACUGCUUUGGUGAUGUAAUCGUCCCGAGCCCACUGGAUUCAUUUGGCGGUUUGAGCGGCAGACUGAGCGGCGUGCCGACGCCAAACGACCAGACUGAAGCGCUGCCGCUGGUGGUGCGCAAAAGCGGCGGAGGUGGAGGAGAGAACCCCAACCCUUCUCUUCCUCCUCCUCCUCAUCAUCCAUCUCUUCAUCCUUCCCCCCUGACGGCCUCGCUCGGCUUCAGCCCUCCAUCAUUUCGACACCCAUUCCCUCUCCCCCUCAUGGGGUACCCCUUUCAGAGCCCCCUGGGCCCACACGGAGGACCUGGUUAUCCACCAGGGCCCAAGGACCACCACCGGUCCUCCCCUGAUUCGAUGGACAUGACCCGGGAAACGGUCAGCCUCAGAACCAAAAUGGCAGCUCUUGGAGGGGGGCAUCUCAGUCAUCACCACAGGCAGAGCUCGCCGAGUCAACACGGGCCAGAGGGUCUGUCCCUGUCGCUCAUCAAGUCUGAGUGUGGGGACCUGCAAGACAUGUCCGACAUAUCGCCAUAUUCAGGCAACACUAUUCAGGAGGGCUUGUCUCCAAACCACCUGAAGAAAGCCAAGCUGAUGUUCUUCUACACCCGCUACCCUUCAUCCAACAUGCUCAAAAUGUUCUUCUCUGAUGUCAAGUUCAACCGCUGCAUCACCUCCCAGCUGAUCAAGUGGUUCAGCAACUUCAGGGAGUUCUACUACAUCCAGAUGGAGAAGUUCGCCCGGCAGGCCAUCAACGAGGGCGUGACAGCGGCCGAGGAGCUGACGGUGGGGCGGGACGCGGAGCUCUUCAGGGCGCUCAACAUGCACUACAACAAGGCCAAUGACUUUGAGGUUCCUGAUCGAUUCCUGGAGGUGGCCCAGGUGACCCUUCGUGAGUUCUUCAACGCCAUCGUCGCAGGAAAAGACGCGGACCCCUCCUGGAAGAAGGCAAUCUACAAGGUGAUCUGCAAACUGGACAGCGAGGUUCCCGAGGUUUUUAAAUCCCCAAACUGUCUACAAGAACUCCUCCACGACUGACUAGGACAAAUGAAACGAGACAAACCUCCAAGGAGCGUGAGAAGACUUUAAGAUAAGACUUUAUUCAAGUUGAACUUUCCUGCUUUAAGUGGAGGUCGUUUUUGUUCAUCUUUUAAAGGAACCUGCCCUUGAAAUGUUUUAUAAAGCAAGAAAAUAUUCCUCAUCAAGACUUCUAUGAGGGCUCGGACUCAUGAGUCACCAAACUAACACGUUACAUCAAGACUUUUAUAAAUUAAAAGCAAAACAGAGAAAAAGAACCUCAUUGCACUUACAGAAAAGCUCCUUCUUGCUGAAGAAUCCUCUUCGUUUCUGGAGAAACAACGGAUGAAGACGACGUAGGAUCCAGAGCGAGCUAAAAAUAAAGAAGAUAAUAUAUAAAAAUCUUUUUAUUGUGGAUGUUUUUAAGUUUCAUGGACAUUUUUUGAGAAAAAAAAGUGAUGUUUCUGUAUUUUUCCUCCUUUGUAUAAGCCUCUCUUCUAUGAUCCCUCACAUAGACACAAAUGCACACACAAAUGAAAACACACAAAGACACACAAUCUUCUUGAAUAGGAAAGCACAGUAGCAUUCCCAAAUCCUCACCUGAAUCCACACAAACAAACUUAGUUGUUGUUUAUUUCCCUUAUUUCCCCCUUUUUUUACUGUACUGAGACGUAACGGGUGUGUUUAUUUGAUUUUUGACUGUGUGGCCCCACCCUUCCCUGGACGCCCCUCUUGACUCAGGUACCCAGAGCAACAGGAAUAAACAAUUUCUCUCUAAUUUCUUUGAAUAUGAGUAAAACGUUGGUCCAAAAUGAAGGUGCACUGUAUCAAAAUGUGUUUUAAACAGUAAUAAAUCCUGUUAAAAAAGGUGAAAUAUGUAACCUUUAUGCAUCAAAAUGUCAAAAAGAUCACAAAUAUGUGAUGUAGUUCGCUUUGCUGUUUGCCUAAAUCACCCUAAAUGUUUAAUGAUGUUUCAACCCAGAGAAAUACAUCAAUGGUUUUAAAUUAUCAGCCUUUCUUAUGGAAAAAAAGCAGAUUAUAGGUCAGAAAUUAAGAACUGGAGACAGCGGAAAUGUUCAUGUAAGCAUCGACCCACAUAAUCCCACGCUACUUAACAGCGCCAUUAAGUUAUGCCUUUUAUCAUUGUUUCAAUAAAGGACCUCUCUGCUAGGACUUUUAAACUACAUGUUUGGCUUUAGCUUGACUUCCUUUACUAAAUUAUUGCACCAAACCUACAGACAGCUUUAUGAGAAAACCUUAAAUGCUGUUAUCUACGAUUUGUGACAAAUUUAUCUACUUCAAGAGGUAAUUUCAAAGUGAAGAACUGUGAUUUCUUUUUGACAACAGUCUUAAAGCUCUUGUGAGGAAUCUUUCAUUAGUUGUGAAGCAGACCAACCGUACGGCUGAAUCUAGCAUCUUCCAUAUAGCAAUGGUCAUGUUUCUGACUGCAGUUCAGGUCAGUGGGCCUCUUUGUUGGCAUUACUGCCCGGAUGUAAAGAUAUUCUUAAAUUUUGAAAAAUUCCCAACAAAUCAGAUUUAUCUGUAAGGAAAAGAAGGAAGUUAGGAUCACAGAAGGUACAAAAUGUGACAAAAUGCUGAAAAUGAACUAAGGAAACAUGUUUCAUAGGCUUUCAGAUGCAUUUUUUUCUUCAUGAUUUAAACUUUAGG